AUGUCUGGACUUAUCAAGUACACUGUCGAGCACUACAAGAAGGCUGGCGUCUCAGACGCCGACUUCGUCAAAUGGUUCAAGGAGGUCCAAGUCGCCAACGGCCUUCCCUUGAUCAAGAAGCACGGUAUCGUCAAGUACGCCAUUCACUUCCGCGACGCUCAGCUGAGCACCGCAUUCCGAGCUGAGCUGGACAAGGUCCGCCCUGAGUGGGAGGUCAGCGACGCCGACAUCACCAUCGAGUACUACCUGCCCGACAUCUACUUGAUCCAGAACCUCCUCGCCGACCCCGAGUGGGAGAGCAAGGCCGCCAAGGACCAAGGCAGCUUCGUCGACCUAUCCAGGUCCACCAUCCACAUCGGCCACGAGACCGUCUACUUGGAGAACUAA